CUCCGCCCCCUCCCCAUGAUCUGCCUGCAGAGCACCAGUUCUGACUCAGGACUGCCUGGCUUCCAGCAGUGGUUUCUUUUUGUCAAAAGGUCUUGCCCAACACGCCAUCCUUUGGGAAAUGUCCCUUCCCGGCACCGCAGAGGAAUCCUCCAGCUGGCUGGGGUGAUCCAUUGCACCACAGGGCGGACUCCCUUCGCCUACAUACGCUAUGGGUGCUACUGCGGCUGGGGAGGGAGUGGCUGGCCCACGGAUCAAGUCGACUGGUGCUGCUUUAAGCACGACUGUUGCUAUGGAAAGGCCGAGGCGGAGAACUGUGCCCCCAAGACGCAGAGGUACACCUGGGAGUGCGAGGACAGCGAGGCCAAGUGCGAUGACAUCGAAGACAAGUGCCAAAAGAUGGCUUGUGAAUGUGACCGCGAUGCAGCCAAGUGCCUGGCCAAGGCCCCCUACAACGUGACGUAUUUGUUCUGGCCAGACACACUGUGUGGAAAGAAGAGCCCUGCCUGCCGAGACGACUAACACUGUCCUCGCUCUGCCUCUCUGCGUGCCGUGCCUUUCGAUUCCAGACCUGAGCUGCUGCUUCCCCUCGGAUGGCCCAGCCCUGUCCCGCCGCUGGGGCUCAGCAUGGGGACAGUCUGCAGGCGCCCCUUGGGCCUCAUUCCCCGGAUGUCGCCCAGUGCAAACCCAGCUCACUUGGGGGAUGCAAAACGUGGCAUUAAAGAAAGUGUAAUGGUAUGUGGGAACGACCCUGGGAGACCUGGCCAAGAGACACUGCCAUGGGAAGGGUCAGAUAAAAGG